AUGGAAAGUAACGUAACAACAGAGAAGGCAAAUCAAGAAAUCCGUAAGAAUCGUGCAAAGAAAUUAUUAUCGGAAUUCGCCGAGAACACUACAGCUCAUGGAUUCUCCCAGAUACCAUUAACAAGAAGUACCUGGAUAAAGUUAUUUUGGUUGUUUGCAAUCAUUGCUGGCCAAAUUGGUUUUUUCUUUCAAAUGAAACCUUUAAUAUUGCGAUACAUAAAGAAGCCUGUCAUCACAAAAGUGUACCAUACUACUAAUACUGUACUGCAGUUUCCCGUCGUUACCAUUUGCAAUAUGAAUCCUAUCAGAAAACAAAAAGCUGAUGCAUUAUUUAAUGGCAGCUUUAAUGUACCUAAGGCAACUGAUGCAAAAAACAGUAUUACUGAGCCAUCAUUCUCCGAAAGUGUGCAAAUGUAUCAAAUCGUAACAGAAGAAGGAAUAAAUAUCGAAAACAAACGUAUAAUACUUUCCAAUUUAAGUUACGAAUUAGGAAACAAAAUGUUUAAGUACGGGCAUCAGUUUAAGGACAUAGUUGAAAGUUGCAAUUGGAUAUAUUAUUACGACUGCAUGAACUCAAGAUUCUGGAAACAAUAUUGGCAUUGGAACUAUGGUAAUUGUUUUGCCUUUAACAGUGGUUAUACUCAAGAUAAUAAAAUUAUUCCUCCGUUGACUAUUUCCCAAACAAAUACUCUUCGCAUUUUGAAAUUAAAGUUUAAUAUAAAUCUAGAGGAAUAUUAUUCACCUCUGACAGAAGAUUCUGGUAUAGUACUACAUGUUGGUGGCCAACAUAGCGCAAAAAGUUUAACUGACACCCAUUACCUAUCUCCCGGCUUCUCGUAUUUGGUUUCUAUGGAAAAAUAUAAACGGAAAAGGGCUGACCCAUUCAAAAAUAACACUUGCAUAAAACACUAUGAAACUGAUUUGGGGAAACAGCCAAACAAUGAUCAAAGAGUGAUCAAGAAAUACUCCAGACAAAUGUGCAUUAAUGUUUGCGCUGCUCGAGCUACAAUAAAGGAAUGUAACUGCUCGCCAUAUUGGCUGCCUUCCUUGAACAGCAGCAGGCGGUGUGGUUUCAAGGAUAAACAAUGUGUUUAUGCUGUAGACCAUGAGUAUAUGACCAACAACUUGACAUGUCUCAGUGAAUGCCGGUUACCUUGUCAGGAAACGAAUUAUGGCUUAAGCAUAUCAUCGGCCAAGUUUCAUUUGAAUGAGAAUGCAACGGUGCAAAAAAAUAAGUUGACAGCUUUUUUUUCUUUCAAAAAGCCUGAAACAGUUGUUAUGGAAGAUGAAGAACACUACAUGAUUGAGAAUUUAUUAAGCGACAUUGGUGGACAACUUGGGUUAUGGUCUGGCAUUUCAGUAUUGACUUUAGUUGAGGUAAUAUUUUUCUUUGCAUACAGUGUGCGCACUUUGAGUAAGAGAAAGUAAUAGAACGCUAUCUCAACGGAAGAUUGACAUCUUCAUGAUAACUAUAUAAUUAACCAUAUUUUGUGUUAUGUGUUAUAACACAGAAUAUAGAUCAAAACAAAUUAAUGAUUUUUUAUAUUCUCUAAGAAUAUGCAAGUGAUUGAGAAGCACACGACGCUUAAAAUUGAGUCAAGUAUCACACAUGUUUUGUUAUUGAGAAGAAUGCAAAAAACAAAAUAACAGAAUCGAUCUGUGUUUAGACAUUCUUUUAUAUUCCUAUGGCUGUAUAAUUGUAAUUUCAAUUCCCCGUUCCCUCUAUACGGCUAAUUCGCAAUGCAUUAUGGUAGUUGUAUUCUACAGUUUUCCCUCCCAGAAGCGAGAGUUUGUAAAUAAAUAACAGCAUUCUUUUUAUUGUGGCGAUAAUAACAAAAAGCCGUUAUUGUUUGUGAUAAUUUUCAAAUCUCCUCAAGAAAAUCAUUAUCUCCCUUAUCCAAAACCCGUGUUAUUGAU